AUGGGGGAUCCCUGGCUUGUUAUAGGAGACUUCAAUGCCUACUUGACAGCGUUUGACAAGUCUGGAGGUGCAAACCUUAAUUUGUCUUCGAUGCAGCGUUUCCAGGAGUGUCUUUUGAGCUGUGGCCUAUCCGACAUGGGGUUCAAGGGACCUCCUUUCACCUGGGAAGGCAGAGGCGUGAAGGAGCGCCUGGAUAGAGGAGUGAAAAUGAGGUUGAUGAAGAGGCUAGAGGGCAUUAAUCGGAGGUUGAAUAUGACCUUUGAUAGAGGACUUGAUAAUCUCCAACGCCAAUUGUGGAAAGAGUAUAACAUUGUACUUAUCCAGGAAGAGCUUCUUUGGGCCCAAAAAUCAAGGUGCAUGUGGCUCAAAUAUGGAGAUCGUAAUACUAACUUUUUCCACACAGUAACCAUUAUCUGUCACAAGCGGAAUAAAAUUGAAGCUCUCUUGGAUGAUAAUGGGUAUCUAAUCACCGAUUAUGAUGAGCUUUUGGCCCAUACCGUGAGCUUUUUUGAACGAAGCUAUGUGGAUGACGGUACUAGCAAUCCUCUCCCUUGCGUGAGCACAUUUCCAACGCUUGGCCAGGAAAAAAUCCAGCGAAUCCAUGUCCCUUUUGUGGAGGAGGAAAUUAAAGAUGCUAUCUUUGAGAUGGGCUCUCUCAAAGCUCUAGGACCGGAUGGCCUUCAACCGGUGUUCUUCCAAUCCCAAUGGCCCAUUGUGGGAAAAUCAGUGGUAAAUUUUGUUACUGACUGUUAUCCUAACCCUAAUCUUAUUGAGCAGGUUAAUGAAACUCUCCUGGUGCUUAUCCCAAAGGUUGAUGCGCCUGGGCGAAUUACCUAG